AAACAACAUAGGGCAUCUACAAGAUUGUAUUUUUGAAAUAAAUAUCUUGAGGGCGGAGCGGAUGGCCCUACUUCUGGCGGUACAACCUCUUCCGGUCCUCUUUCCAGCUUCCCGUGCAACAUGACAAAGAAAAGGAGGAAUAACGGUCGUGCCAAGAAGGGUCGUGGCCAUGUGCAGCCCAUCCGCUGCACCAACUGUGCCCGCUGUGUGCCCAAGGAUAAGGCCAUCAAGAAGUUUGUCAUUAGGAACAUCGUGGAGGCCGCGGCAGUGAGAGACAUCUCAGAGGCCAGUGUCUUUGACUCUUACGUUUUGCCCAAACUCUACGUGAAGCUCCACUACUGUGUCAGCUGUGCCAUCCACAGUAAGGUGGUGAGGAACCGCUCUUGUGAGGCAAGGAAAGACCGCACCCCACCUCCCAGAUUCAGGCCCGCUGCCGGUGCACCAAGAGCCCCUCCUAAGCCCAUGUAAAGCAGAAUUGGAUGAUGCUGUACAUCUGAAGAAUAAAUUCAAAAAAUUCUUUACAAAAA